AUAAUUUUUCAUUAAAAAAAACGAAGCAAAACAUAAAAUCUGUGUCCUCUCCUCCACCUAAAAGCGUAACACACUGACACAACAUAGUAGCAGCGCCACCAGUUAUUGCCCUUUCCAAAAUCUUCACUUCUCUCCCAGAAGAAAGAAAGAAAUCUGGGAAAAAAAAAAAGCUUUCUUUUCUUCAUCUUCUGCUCUUUUCUUGAAAAAUCGGGUACACAAUGCUUAGAUUGUUCUUCUUCCUUGUUCUUCAGUGUAGGUUCUUUGCAGUUUUUGCGAUUCUUGACCCUGUGGAUUUCUUGGCUUUACAAGCUGUUCGGAAAAGCUUGGAUGAUUUGCCGGGGUCCAACUAUUUUGGUUCCUGGGAUUUUACUUCUGAUCCCUGUGGCUUCGCCGGAGUUUUUUGCGAUGGGGAUAAGGUGGUGGCGUUGAAUCUGGGUGAUCCUAGAGCUGGGUCGCCGGGAUUGACUGGCCGGAUUGAUCCGGCGAUUGGGAAGCUUUCUGGGCUGGCUGAGUUUAGCGUUGUUCCGGGGAGGAUAACCGGUGCAUUGCCGGAAAUCUUGUCGGAGUUGGAGAAUCUCAGGUUUCUUGGAAUCAGCCGGAACUUUCUCUCCGGCUGGAUUCCGUCGGGGCUUGGUAAGCUCCGGGGGUUGCAAACGCUGGAUCUCAGUUACAAUCAAUUCUCCGGGAGUAUCCCUCCGGCCAUCGGAGCGUUGCCGGCAUUGUCCAACGUUAUUCUCUGCCAUAACCGUCUCUCCGGUUCGGUUCCCCGGUUCGUCUCCCAAACUCUAACCCGAGUUGACCUCAAGCACAACGCCCUCUCCGGCCGGCUCCCGGCCAACGCCUUCCCCGAGUCAGUCCAGUACCUCUCGCUGUCAUGGAACCGGCUGACCGGCCCGGUUGACCAGAUCUUAACCCGGCUAAACCGGCUGAACUAUCUCGACCUGAGCUUAAACCUCUUCACCGGCGGCAUUCCGGGAAACAUCUUCAACUUCCCCAUCACAAAUCUCCAACUCCAAAGAAACCAAUUUUCCGGCCCCAUUAAACCCAUCAAUCAGGUCACCAUCCCCACCGUCGAUCUCAGCUUCAACCGUCUCUACGGCGAAAUAUCUCCGCUCCUCUCCACCGUGCAGAAUCUUUACCUCAACAACAAUCAGUUCACCGGCCAGGUCCCGAGAACCAUCGUGGACCGGCUACUCUCUGCCAGUAUUCAGAUUCUAUACUUACAGCACAACUAUCUCACCGGAAUCUCCAUCAACCCGGCGGCGGCGAUUCCGGUGAGCAGCUCACUGUGUUUGCAGUAUAAUUGUAUGGUGCCGCCGGUUCAGAGCCCCUGCCCGUUGCGAGCCGGGCAGCAAAAGACGAGGCCCACACAACAAUGCAUCGGCUGGAAGGGUAAAACAGGGAAUUGACAGCUGCAUCAAGGGCAAAAAGGGAAUUUCGCCUAUAUUAUAGGGUCGGGGUGCAAGAGUCUGGAGCUAGGGAAUUUUACCUUUGUGGACGAGGAAUAGUAUUUUCAUUAUUAUUAUUAUUAUUGAUUUUUUUUUCAAGAUGAUAUUUAUUUAUUAAAUUUUGUAAAAUUAUGUCAUAAACAAAAAUGUGCAUAAAUUGAUUAUGGAUUUUUUAAGGGAAGUUUCUGUCUUUUUU